AUGCCUAACCUUUGCGGUGUAAAUCAAAAACAACUUUCCGAUGCCCUUAUAGAAAUUAAAAGGAGUGCUACAACAAAUACAGCGCCCCCUUCUUUUGCUAAUAAAGACCAACAAUUGGUUAAUGGAGUUGGAAAUAAAUUUAAGAAUUUAUUCAGAGCCCAAGUCUCUGGAGGCGAUUCUGUGGCUGACAAAAGCAAUGAAAUAUCUGAACCGUUAGGAGGCGGCAAUGCAGAUUCUCCUCGUCAAUAUAAACUAACAAAUUUCCAUAUUCACAAAGUGCUUGGAAAAGGAAGUUUUGGAAAGGUAGGGGAAGGGAUUAAAAAAUUAUUUGUUUUAUUUGUUGGGAUAUAUGGGAUUUCUUGGAAGGGAGAAAAAAGGGAACUUCAGGGUUGAGAUAGAUUUUAAAAGAUAGAACGGGACGACCACGGAAAUAAUCUAGGCGACAAACGGUUCCCGAUAAUCCCGUUUUUCGCUUAAAUUCAAGAUUCCAGGACGGGGUUUUUGUAAAAUCCUUUACAGGAUCACGUGCCUCACUGUAAUAUAAAUUUGAGUUCGACAAAAUUAGAUUCUUUAAAAACUAGUAAAAACUUUGAUUAAUAUGAGACCUUAUGACCUGAAAUUUUAUUUUUAUAGAACUUCUAAUCAUAAGAUUAUAAAUAAAGUUGGGGAAGGUUUCUUUUGUUCCACGUUUGGGAAUCGAUUUAAGAAACAUUUUAAAAAUAUUUAAAAAGUCUGGAUUAUUGAAAUAUAAGAUAGAGGAACUUUUCCUGUUU